GAUCUUUUGGAUCAUAUUAUGUUAUAUCUGUAGCAAUAUCUUUGGUGAAUAAAACCAUAUUACUUUAUCUAAAAGCAUGCAUACUGUACUAUAUAUAGAGUUGAUCUUCUAUAAUGUAUAACUAGUAUGAGAACGCGGUAAAAUAUAAGUCACCGUGCCAGAACGAGACAUACCGAGAUUCUAGUGAACAAUAUCUUUAUUUCAUGUCUCUCUAUAUACACGCUAAGUUUUGUAUAUGUAAACGUACCUAUAGUGUAACAAUAUAUAAAGAAAGUAGACCAGUAUGUAGUGUUUCUUUUCUAUUUAUAUUCUUUAUAGAGUUCAGUACAUGUAUUAUGACUAUACAUCUAUACAUGUUCAGUGCAUUGGAUGGACAUUACAUUAAGAGAUGUUUUAAAUUAAGAAGUACUGUGUACAUGUUGACUUGCGAAAAUUUCAUUAAAGUGUCUAGUCAUAGUGUUAUUUAAAUGAUAUUUGAUUGUAAGGUUAUGCCUAAACAUGUAUUAAUUUUACAAUUAUGUGACUUGAAUAUAUCUUGUAUCAUAUAGCAUAUUGUACAGAAAAAUACUGCAGAUGUUGAAUCAUCCGACAAUGAUAUCUCAGAAUGAAUCCGGAAUCAAUAAUCGCACGUGAGAAGCUAUCACCUGCUCUACAGCAGACGUAGAUUCCGUUUAGUUAACUACAAGUGCAUUAGAAGAACUAAUAACAAAUUGGUGAAAUUUGAUACUGUUAUUUCGUGAUUCUUAAAUAAAAUACGGGAACGCUCUGCAUCACGUAAAUGAUUGAGAUAAAGAGGUAUUUUCAACAAAUGACAACGGAAUUUAAAGUGAAAUUACGGCUUGUGGAAAAGAAAAGUGGAGAAGUUGUUAGUUAUAAACAAGAUGGUGAGAGAUUUGGUCAGGCUGUCACUGUAAAGUUGACUACAGAUACGGAGUAUGAGAUAAGUGUAUCUACCCGACCUGCAAUCAUCAUUGAGAGGCUUAUGAUAAACGGAGAAUCUCAGACAUUAUUAGAUCAUAUAGCUGGAGGUAAUAGAGAUGACAGCGAUUCUAAAACGUAUAUUAUACAUUACUCAACUAUUGGAUAUGACGUCAGCAAAGGCGGAAGCAGGAAAAAUAUUCCAUUUACACUUGAAGAUGGUAAAACAAUGAAAACAAGUCUUCAGUGCAAGUUAUAUAGAACAGGAGAAAAAAGUCAUUCUCAUUGGGGUCAGACACUUUCAGCCAUUGAUAUAGACUGUAAGGCAGAAGAGGGACGAUCUUAUAUCACUGUGACAAGAGAAAAAUAUCUGUGAUAUUAAACACAUAAUGUAACUGUUCAAAUAUAAAUAGAUUCUCAAUAAAGAAGUCGAAAAAUU